AUGAGCGAUAAUAUUCCAAAAAUAGUUUCCCUUGAGAGAGCCUAUAAGGUUGAUGAAGCAAUCAAUACUAGAAAGGAUCAUAUUGUAAUAAUCCGAUUUGGCCAAGAAACCGAAGAUAAAGAGUUGCCUCAGCCUGAAAAGGUUGAUCAAUGGCUAAAAGCCGAGGCAAGCCAUCACUCCAGGGACGACGUGAGAAUAUUCAAAGUUGAAAUGAAGGACGUGCCGGAGUUGAAGGCACGGUACCGGCUUUCAGAACCAUGCACCCUUCUCUUCUUCCGCAACAACGUUCAGGUUGAUCGCCGUCAUGGAAAAUCCUUAACUCCAGAAGAAAUCAAGAAAAUCAUUGAUAGAUUGCUGGUCGAAAAGAAGAACGCCCCCAAACCUCCAGCACGUCCGGCGCCACCGGCACGUACAAAUGAUAAGAAUACUCAUAAACCUAAUAAGAGUAUUCCACAACGUGGUGUGGCUCCUGUUUCUUCUGACACACUUAGGGCGAGACUUAAUAAACUCUGGAAAAGAUCAUGA